CUACACAGUGGGUAAAUAUAUUAGCAUUCAAUACUGGUGCUGCUUAUAUACUUAAUGACCAAUGGGUUAAAAUGGCAACUAAUAUAAAUGAAGAUACUUCCGAAGAUGAAGAGAUUUAUGACAAAGAAAUUUUUAGUAAAACAUUAUCUCAGUACAGGAAUUUUUCAAAUGAAAGUGAAAUAAAAACAAAUCAGUUUUUGAAUGACAUUCUUCAGACUGGGGCAUUAACUUGUUUAGUUUGUAUUGAUAAUGUAAAGAGGCUUGAUGCUAUAUGGAGCUGUGUUAAUUGUUUUUGUAUCCUUCAUUUACCUUGCAUACAGAAAUGGGCUAAAGAAGGAACUCAACAACAACAGUUAGGUUUUAAAGAAAAUUUUGAAAAAGAAGACACCAUUUGGAACUGCCCAAAAUGUCGUUUUGAGUACAAAAGUAUUGAAUCUCUUAUAAAUUACAUGUGUUUUUGUGGUAAAGAGAAAAAUCCAUCGUUUGAUCCUUGGAUUGUUCCUCAUUCUUGUGGUCAGACAUGCUUAAAAAACCUUUUUCCGAAUUGUGGUCAUGAAUGCAUUUUGCUUUGCCAUCCAGGACCCUGUCCACCAUGUCCAAAAACUGUGUUGUCAACAUGUUAUUGUGAAAAAUCACAACCUCAGUUGCAAAGAUGUAGUAAAAAGGGUUGGUCAUGUGGAAAACUUUGUGGCAAACUUUAUUCAUGUGCAAUUCAUUAUUGUGAAGAUUUUUGUCAUUCAGGAGACUGUUCACCUUGUCCAAAAAUGGGUAAUUAUUUUUGUUUUUGUAAAAAAGUUCAAGAUGUACGACCCUGUGCAGAAAAAAAUUGGAGUUGCAAGCAGAUUUGUCAUAAAGUACUUUCAUGUGGGCAUCAUUUGUGUGAAAAAGAGUGUCAUUCAACACCAUGUGGUGAUUGUCCUAGAUCUGGUUCCAGAAAAUGCCCUUGUGGAAAAACAUUUUUCUCUUUGCCUUGUCUUGAUGACGUGACUCCUUGCAAAGAUAUAUGUUUAAAACAACUAAGUUGUGGAGCUCAUCAAUGUUAUAAUAGAUGCCAUUAUGGUCCAUGUGAAGCAUGCAAUCAGGUUGUGCGCAAGACUUGUAAAUGUGGGCGCAAGACUAAAGAUACACCCUGUAGUCAAACCUUAACUUGUGAGUUUAAGUGCACAAAGUUAAGAAAAUGUGGAAGACAUCCAUGUAAAAAAAAGUGCUGUGAUGGUAAUUGUCGACCAUGUGAUCAACUUUGCAACCGAUUAUUGAAUUGCAACAAUCAUAAAUGUCUUUCUCCCUGUCAUUCAGGUAAAUGCUAUCCGUGCCCCUUAAGAAAAGGUGUGUCUUGUUUUUGUGGAAUUACAUCAAUUCUUGUGCAAUGUGGAAAAGAAAAAUCUGUCAAGCCACCAUUUUGUAAAGAGCAAUGCAGGAUUCCUUCAACAUGUCAUCAUGAAAAAAAAAUUCAUUCAUGUCAUUUUGGCGAAUGUUUACAAUGCACAGAAAUAUGUGGUAAAAUGCUGCCAUGUUUACACAGCUGUCAAUUUGUGUGCCAUGAUAGAGUUAUAAAUGGAAAUACUAAGGAAGAAAGCAUUAAAGAUCAUUCAGUUAAAGAUUUGUCAAAAGAUUGUCCUCCAUGUUCCUUCAUAGUAGAAAAGUUUUGUAUUGGAGAGCAUUCUGUUGAAACUUUUCCUUGUUUUGAAGUAAAGGCUUACUCUUGUAAGCAUAUUUGUGGAAGGUUACUUUCAUGUGAAAACCAUGUUUGUCAAAAAGUGUGUCAUGUUGUUAAAGGAAGUCCUUCCCAUGGAAAAGCUGGCAAAAACUGUAUAGCUUGUAAAGAAUUAUGCACUAAACCACGCAAUUGUAAACAUAGCUGUAAAUUGACUUGUCAUCCUGGGGAAUGUCCACCAUGUGAUGAAUAUUUAAAGAUGGAUUGUCAUUGUCGUUUAUUAAAAGUUUAUGUUAAAUGCCAAGAAUACAUUUUUGCUAAUGAAAAUCAAAAGGAAGAAAUUCUUAGUUGUAAAUCUCGUUGUUUCAAAGUUAUUCAGUGUGGUCAUUUUUGCCAAAAACUCUGUCACCAAGGGAGUUGUUCUGAUUCGUUAUCUUGUCAAGAGAAAUCUUUUGUUUCGUGCUUAUGUGGUAGGAAAAAAAAGGCUUUGCUUUGUCGAGAAGCAUUUCAUGUUGCAGAGUUAGAAUGUGAUGAGCAAUGUAUUGAUACAAAGAAAAAACAAGAAGUUAUAAGCUUAGUGAAUAGUGCUCAAAUUCAGAAAGAUGAGAAAGAAUUAAUAUUAUACGAAAAUCGAAAAAAAGGGCGCAGACGUAUCCAUAAACAGCAAAACCGUGUUUGUUAUAAUGUUGAAAAGAAUUUUUUCGUAAAGCAUGCAUAUUUAUGCAAAGCAUUGUUAAUUUUAAUCAUUAGUAUAUUCGUUAGUCUCAUUGUUUGGCUAUUAGGUAUCUUAUAAUUUUAUUUAAUUUUUACGUUAUAAAAUUGAAAUCCUUUUUAUUAUGAAUAAUGAAUUUAAAAAUUUA